AUGGACGAAAUAAGUGGUGAGCCGGAACGAAGCCCUGAAGACCAGAUCAUAGCUUCGUUCUUGAAGGAGCGCUCACCUACAUAUCGGAGCCUGAGGGAAAUCAGCACCAUAGUAUGGAGUGACUCCAGGGCUACAGCAUACUUCGCCAGGGAACGUGGUUCCGCAGAUAACCCCGGUGAUGAAGGUCGUAGAAAGCAUUAUAAUCUCAUGAGGGGUAUCGGAGACGAAAUGCAGAGAGAAACCGGUGUCCUGGAGCUUCAGCGUCCCAGGCCCGAGGUACUUGAUCUCUGUAUGGCCCCUGGCGGCUAUACUGCAUCCAUUCGCAAGUACAGUCGUCAAGCGAAUGUCUCUGCAAUAACGUUGCCCGAAGAUCAGGGUGGUCUGAAGAUCCUCGUACCUCAUGGCAAUCGUACUCAAGUGGAAGUGUUGGAAGCCGAUAUUAUAAUGUUCGCAGCGGAGUUCGGAGUGGUAGAGAUUCCAGAUAAUCACCCAGAAGCUUCAAAGUUCUCCAACGAGAAACCAUUUCAAAAGAAGCUGUUCGACCUCGUCUUCUGCGAUGGGCACGUCACUCGCACACGGAAUAGGCCAUCCAACUGUCCACCCACAGAACUUUCCCGACUUGAAUGCAGCCAGCUAGUUCUUGCGAUGCAAAGGAUCAGAGAAGGAGGCACUCUCAUAAUCCUGCUUCACGGUGCUGAUGUCUAUCACAGCGUCAAAUUGCUCGAAAUCUUCGGCCAUUUUUCCCACAUACAAGUCUUCAAACCAGUCAGAGGUCACACGAGGAAAAGUUCCUUCUAUCUCGUCGCAAAGGAGAUGCAGCCUGGUCGCCUUGCAGCCAGGGCUGCAGUCACCCAAUGGAAGCAGAAUUGGAAAGAUGCAACUUUCCCUGCUCCUGCCGAGGACGAAAUUGAUGCACAUAACGAGACUGAAGCCUUGCUCAAGCAGGUUGAGCGCAAGGAAGACUCGUCAAAGCUUGUGGAGAACUUUGGUGCACGACUCAUUCAGUUGGGGGAGCCAAUAUGGGAGAUACAAGAGAAAGCUCUGAAAGCCUUGAUGGAAAGAUUGGAACAAGGAUCAGCAAAGCCUGGCAUGGAGAAAUCGGCCGAGACCUCGGAAGAAUGUACUACCGCAGACCCUGCAGUUCUGACCGGAUUGGCUAGAGACACCGACGACUCGUCCUAG